UCCAUUAAAAAAUUCAGUCACUUUUAUUUUACUUACGCAAUCACAAGCGGAAACGAAUAUUCUGUCCAAUAACCACAUAUUUUGAAUUCAAAAUCCUAUGCUAAAAUGCCGGCACCCGAAAAACCCCGGGCUUCUGUCCUGCAACCGCGCUACACUGUGACUGAUUCGGCUCGUAACACCGCGGCAGAAAUUGACGUCCAGCGAAUUUCAGGCUCCCUACAAAGGGACACAUAUAUGCCCGAAACGAAAAUUGAGCCAGAUCCAAAAGUCCAGAUGACUAGGGCGCAAAGGUCAUAUACAAACGAACCGUGGGAGAAGAGGAGAUGUCCGCCCAAAAAGCAACAUAAGCAGACAAAGCGAGAGGCUGGCAUUGCCAAGUUCAAGAAUAUUGACUUCUCACGCCGCGAUUCGGAGCCACAGCUGACCGUGCAGACGCUGGAGUUCCCGGAUGCCAACAUAAAGCGCACAGAGGUCGAGACGCGCGAUGCUUGUGGCAAGCGGGUGUUGACUAAGAAAACUGGAUAUGAUUUUCUCAGCUCAAGUGUAUCGGGCUUUCGGGAUGGCAUCUUUACAGUUAACAUGCAAGCAAAGAGCUGUACGUCGACAAGCAUUCCAGGCAGGCCGGUCGUCUCAGGCAAGACCACACAACGCUCCCCUUUGGGCAAAAAGAAAGAUGUUAAUUCACAGGAAAUGAUUGACUCGUAUCAUGUGCCGUCCGUGCGCCCCAAAAACUUUAAGGGCGAUCAGUGGAAGAAGCCCUGCGAGGCUAGCUAUGUGAUUGGAGCGCCGCGGCCGCACAUUGGACGCUGUCCAGAAAAUUUCCAACAACUGUCCAAAUUGUCGCCAGUGCGUCAAAAGUUCUUCCUUACACAGGAUCCGCGCAAGACGCACUGUCUGGUCAAUCCCAGUGCGUUGCGCCACAAGAAACUGACCGAGGACCAGCAGUUCAAGCUGAUUAGCAAGAUGGUCAAGCAUGGCGACAAUGUGUGCGCCAGCACAGGCUCAGAGUCUUCCGAUACGCACAUAUGCGAGGUAAUUGAUUUGGAAAAUCCCGUGAAUUUAGAUUUUCAGGGCAUGGACUAUAAGAACACAUACGAAAAGGACGAACAGGAGCAACAGAAUCAGCAGAACUAUUGGCGAGUAGUGCGCUACAUGGCACGGCGUCGUACAAAAAAGCAAACCGAGCAAAAGGUGGAAGCCGAAUUACAAGCGGAACGCUUAGCGAUUCCGGCCGUGUUCAAUACUAAGAUCAAGGAUCUGCCAGUGCCAGAAGAGGUGCCCCCAAAGGACUUCAAGCUGGCCGAGUUGUUUCGCUCGCCAGAUAAGCCAGCCAACAAAGAGAAGAUCGCCCAUGAGCAAAAGCGUCGUGAGGAACGCUACAAGGACAUUUAUUUGCGCAACAAGUACCGGAAAGCCGAGCGGGAGCAAGAGCAAAAAAAAAUGGAGGCAGCCGCUAUGGAGAUUCAGGCACGCACCGUGGCUGAGAACGAUCUGCUACAGGAUGUGGCCAAAAUCGAUGAUGAUAUUGAGCGCAGUUUUCGAAAGUUUGAGUACAUUCCACCAGUGAUCCGAAAGCGCAAGUUCUUCCCCAAAACGCUGACAGAGACCGAGCGCCUAAAGGCCAUCAUGCACAAGGAGAAUUGUGUUCGCAGGGACCAUGCCAUGGUAGCACAGGAGUUCUUUUUGGAGCGUACGGGCAAGCUGAAGAAAUUCCCCGAUGCCGAACAGCGGCUGGCGUGCCAGGAAAGCAUUGAAGGUAGUGUCGGCACUACGCCCAGCGAGCAGAGCAGCGAUGAUGAGGACUACCUGAAGGUGGGCAAAAUAGGUGAUAAAUUCCAGCUGCGCGGCUUUCAUUUCAAACAUGGUGAUGGUCUGCGCGGCAAGCUGCAUCAUCAUCAGAUCAUGGAGGGUCAGCGCACGGUGAAGGGCUGCUUAACCCGCGAGGAGUGGCUCAAUCAGCUGGCGCCACGCAAGGAACCCAUUAAGCUGGACGUUGAGCGGGGCAUUAUAAAGGUGCUCGAUCCGGAUGAUCCCAAAUUGGAUCUAUUCCCACCGCAACCGUUGCUACUGCACAAACGCGAACAGAAGAGUGCCAUCAAGGAAUUCAUUGACAAGCGUCUGGGCUUACACUAUCAUCGUGUGCUGCGUAAGAAUCUAAAACUGGUCAAACCGAAACUGAAGUACCAUGUCAAGAAGUUCAAUCUCAUUCGCUAUGUAUUUCCUGAAAAGAUUAUAGUGCCGGAUGCACCGGAUCUUUUGGAAGCCGACAUGGUUGACGUUUCCAAAGUAGAGACCACCUUGGAGUACAUUGCCCUAAAGAGCAAAGUGGCCAAGGCGAAGCACCUAAAGCAGAAGCUGGCACGCAUGAAUCUGCUGGGUCUCACUUGUGUGGAGGCUAAACAGUUGCGUGAGCAAUCGCCCUGUGAUGUCAAAGAGGAGGUAUUCGAUAUCGAUUGGGUGCCGCCACAGGAGGUAAUUAAUGUCUCUGAGCACACUGAGGAGGAGGAGGAGGAGUAUCGCAUGGCGGCCGGUAGUGAUAAUGUGCCCAUUGACCAGCGUGGUAACAUGCCAGCACCAAUGUUUCGAGAGAAAACGCUUCUCGUCCAUCCAAGACGACGUCGAGAUUACGCCAAUGAGCGUGUGCCCUCGGCCCUGUUUAACGAUGCCAUCCAAAAUUCGGGCAUGCCGAUGUUAGAGAAGAUAGUGCCUGAUCACAUUAAAUUUGCCAAUGUACGGACUACGAAGCGUCCCUACACUGACAAAUUCGAGGCACGCCACCAUCACGAUCACUGGGACCCUACCCAGGCAAAGAGCGUUCAUGUGCACUAUCAAACCAAGACGGUAUAUCCAAAGAUUACAGUACAAGAACAACCGGAAAGGGUGCCGAUUGUAAAUUUUAUCAAGGCAAAUCCGCCUUGUAAGAAAUAUAUGAACGAGGACCUGACCAUUCCUCGCUAUGAUUUCGAGAAGAUGAUCGCUGACCACUUGGCGGCCACUCGCACUGAUAGCAAGGAUGCAGCCAGGGAGGUAGUACAGGACCUGUGUCAUCCGUAUGAUUUCGUUUUUCACUCACGUGACCCCGACGAGCUGGCGACUCUCGAUUUUCCAGGUCGUAAACAGUACCUGGAAUUUUUGCGCGAGACCCGCGAGGCUCUGUACGAGACCAAGGACAUUGACCCUGCCGAGGAGCACCUAUUGGUCGACCGUAAGGCAAUUGUUGCCGAGCUGGAGGAGGAUCUGAAGAGCAUUGAGGAAUGCCUCAGCUCGCUUAGCAGCUCGGAGUGCACAAAUCUAUCCAAAGACAGCGGCAGCUUUCUAUUGCUAGAAGACGAAACUAAGAUACCUUUGGACUAUAUACGAAAACCCUUGGUACCCUUCGAGGAAAUGCGUCGCUCACGCUUUCAGGCGGAAGUUAUUGAUGUUGACGCUGAGGAGGAGAAUCCCUAUCGUAUGCUACCGUUUUCCGGUCAACGCAAGGAGCAGGCAGCUAUGCUGGGUCCCAAAGAUUCUUUCUUUACAUUUAGCACACGCCUUCGCAAUGGCUUGCGCCUCAGACUGGAGGUGCCGGUACCGGAUGUGCGUAACACCCUGUUGGGACCUGGCGCAAAUAAAUACUAUGGCUCUGUUAUCACGGACUUAGAUGAGAACUACAUAGAUGAGCUUAAAAGCCGCGCAACAGUAAAAACAUUUAAUUUCAAGACAGGCGUGGAGCUGUUAAAGGUUGCGAUGCGUCUUAAGUAUGAGUCACUAUUGAUUCAAGGCAAAAUGGUGCGCACCAAGAUCUAUGAUACGCUCAACGAGCGCCACUGGCAGGAUAUGAAGAAUACCAAGCUUCUCUACGAAGGCCUCUUCGCAAAAUGGGAAAAGAAAGAAUAUAAUGCGGCCAUGACACAGGUCUAUCAAGUGAAGACCUAUUAUGAGAUAACCGACAAAAUGAAGCAAGAAUUCCGCGAAUUGGAGCGCGAACUCACAAUGCUCAAUAUGGACAUUGUGUUCAUUGAGGGUCACUGGAUACGUUGCGUAAUGCUGCAGAACUUUCAUUAUCUGCUCGGCGAGGAGGAAUGGCGCGCAGAGCACGAUUGGAUCCAUUUGGUGCCAGUAAAAAAACGCGGCAAACCUGGCGGCGAAAUUGACGAGUCCGAGCAAGUUAGCAUUGCUACAGAGGAAGAUGAGGAUAUAGAGUAUGAACUGGAACCCUAUGACCAGUCCAUUGCCAAGCGUGCCAUUGUCAACAUUCGCGUAAGGGACAAAGAUGACGCUUGGGCCAUACGCGAGUUUUACUAUGACGUCUACUUGCGCAAUCUGCAUCCGGUGUUGCAGGUCUUUCCCAAUGCUGAGACUUUCCUUGAAGGCAUUGACAAUUUAAAGAACAAGACGUUCAUGCUGCUGCUUGAAAUGCACUAUACCUUGUCCAUACACACCGAGCUGCAGGGUAGGCUGGAAACCUUUGUGGAUUGGUGCACCAAGGACUUGAAAGAGAAGCAGGAGUAUGUAGCACGAAAAUCUGCCAAGAAGUUCUUCAUGGAGGAUCGCGCCAUUGAGAUGGAGGCACGAGUCAGGCACUACCUCGACAAACCAAUUCAGAACUCUUUUGCCGACGAGGAAUUCAACAAACAUCGCGCCGUCCUUGCCGAAGUGUGGCGUCGCAUUGUGCCCGCCACGGUGCGGGGUUCCAGCGAUGUGAUUCCCAAUGCCUCGGAUAUGGUGGGGGCCAUCAGCACCGUUGUGCUGGAAUUACUCGCCAAGUUUGAGCACAUGGACAUUGAGAAGGUGCGCGAAGUGGAAAUGACACUUCGCAAACGACGACGCUACCUGGAAAAGCUUUCUGCGCAGGCCUACCAGGUUGAGCGUCGUAUCGACAUGGAAAUGAAGAAGGUGCGCCGCAACCUUGAGCCGCCCUACAAGAAACCCAAACGUGUUGGACCGCUGCAGAGACUGUAUCUGAGAAAGCGUGUCCCCAAGAUUAUAACACCACCCGUCGUAAUCUCGGAGAACACUAGAAACUUUGUGCGCGCCUUUGCCGAGGAUGGUGUCGUUAGCGAGGGUUUCACCCAAGACUCUGUGAUGGUGCUGGACAACAUGCAGGAGCAGAUUGUUCCAUUCUAUUUCGAUCAUUUUCUCAAGCUCAACGGCUACACGCCCAAUUAUAAUUUCAAGACAAACAUUGAGCAACGUGAUGGUCUCGAAAUUGAUCGAUUCCGUAUACGGGAAGUUAUACCGGAUGUGCUCCAAAAGGUCGACCAUUGGGAGUACAUGCACAAAAAGAUCAUGGAGGAGAAUAUUCAACGUAAUCCAAAGAUGUACGAGAAUGUUAGCUAAUUGACUGAAUCAACAAUUUUAUGCUACUCUUACAACAAAUUUACAAAGUUUCCCAGUUUUAAAUUUAAAAAUAAAAUUGCAGGUGCUUUCACUCAA